GAGCCAAUGAAGGUACUUUAUUACCCAGAUUACCAUCUGAACCCGGGAUGACAUUACUAACUAUCAAAAUAGAAAAAAUUGGUCUUAAAGAUGCUGGGCAGUGCAUUGAUCCCUAUAUCACAGUUAGUGUGAAAGAUCUCAAUGGGAUAGAUCUUACACCUGUACAGGACACCCCAGUUGCUUCAAGGAAAGAGGACACUUACAUUCAUUUUAAUGUGGACAUUGAAAUUCAGAAACAUGUUGAAAAAUUAACAAAAGGUGCAGCUAUUUUCUUUGAAUUUAAACACUAUAAACCCAAGAAAAGGUUCACCAGCACAAAGUGCUUUGCUUUUAUGGAGAUGGAUGAAAUUAAAGCUGGACCAAUUGUUAUAGAACUGUACAAAAAACCCACUGAUUUCAAGAGGAAGAAACUUCAGUUGUUGACCAAGAAGCCACUUUAUCUUCAUCUUCAUCAAACACUGCACAAAGAGUGACUUUUGUGAACUGAACCACUUGCCACAAAAUCAUAGUAGCUGCAUAUGUAGCACUUGUCUUUCAGGAGGAAGGAAGAAUUGGAUGCAUUUACCUUGUGGUCACAAAUGACCAUCAAUGCUGCACAGCAGUGGAUCAGCAGCCACACUCUGCAUCCAAGCCAAGUCUCUUUGGAAUGUAUAUUUUUUAUCUCAGAUGUUCCAAAGUGUGUUGCAAGUUUUUCAUAAAUGGGCCGGUUAUUAAAUUCAGUUCUGUAACUUGAUUUCUACAGUUAUAUCAGAACUCUUAAUUAAAGCAGUUGAAGAAUCCUCAUCUGCCGAACCUUAAUACAGCAAUAAAGAUAUGCCAGUAUCAAAAAACGUUUAAUCUUCUACUGUAUUUUGUUUGUAUCAUUUUACUAAGUUCAUUAAAUUUAUAACGUAUUAUUAU